CGCAAAGAAGCUAGACGAGCUUCAAAUUCUGGUUGAUUCCAGGGAGAUAAGUGGUGCACAGGUAAACUUGAGACGGGAUUUAUUGGAGCCAUGUUAUUGUCAAAUUAAUUCAAUUCUCGAUGACAUUUUUAUUAUGUUGAAGGUACAUUUCUUAACCCAGCACAUCUCAUAAAAUGUCUUAAGUUGGAGAAUUAUCUUUUAUUGGAUCGGUCUUGAUAUUCCUCAGGAUAUCAUCUCAGCCUUGAGAAUAAAACAUGGUAUAAAGGUGACGGCAAGACAGAUCUCCUCUUGUGACUACCUUCUCAGCAACCACCAGGCAGUAGACAGGAUACUGUGGUCAGGUGCGGCAGACAUCUAGAACAGGGGUCUGAAACUCACACCCCACCUUAUUUAUAUUUACUUUAAAGUUUAUGAUUAACAUAACUAAUUUAAGUCCUUUUUUUUUUGCCAUUCAGCUGGCAACAAGUUCUUGUAUCUGGCUUUGUCUGGAUGUAAUUAGAACAUAUGUGGUCAUCAUCAUCAUGUCCCUUAGUCCUUGGACGGUUGGGGCGCCACAGAUGACAUAUGAACUAUCCUCCUCCAUUCGUCUCUGUCUUCUCCACUACGCACAGCAUCGCCCAGUGUUAGUCCUGUCCACUCUUUGAUGUUAUCCUCCCAUCUUUUUCUUUGUCUUCCUCUUCUUCUCCCUCCUCUUGUGGUGCCCUGCAAUAUUUCUUUGGCAAGCCCUUGUUUCCUUGUUACGUGGCCGUACCAUUGUAGUUUGGGUUUUUCUGUCACCAGUCGGUCAUCGUACUCCCCAAUUGCCUGGCAUACCCUUUCUUUCACUGUAUCAUUGGAGAUAUGGUCCCUAUAGCAGAUGCCAAAAAUGCUUCUGAAUCAUCUCAUCUCCAUCGCCUUUAUUUUCCUUUCAAAAUCUGCUGUUAAUGUCCAGGAUUCGCAGGCAUACAGAAAAAUGGAGAGGACUAAUGAGCGCAUCAGCCUGAUUUUGGUGCUGGGGGCUAUACUUUUGUCAUUCCAUAUUUUCUUGAGCCUCUUUAGUGCUGUUGUAGUCUGCGCAAUCCUGGAAAUCAGUUCGGGCUUGGAGCCUUCUUCUGAGUCUAUUGCUCCUAAGUAUUUGAAGCGGCCUACAGUCUCUAGUCUUUCCUCCCCGACCUUAAUUUCAGUGGUGAUGCUUUUGGUGUUAUUUGUCAUCAGUUUUGUCUUUUCGGCACUGAUUAGCAUGCCGUAGGACGACAAGGUCUUGUCGAGACGCUUAAACAGGUUGGCUAGCUCUUCUUCGUUCCCAGCAAAUCCGUCUAUGUCGUCCGCAAAGCGUAGGUUGGUGAUUGUUCAGCCAUCAUGCUGACUGUCCCUUCAUGCGCUUCCAGAGCAACUGACAUAAUUCUCUCUAGGAAUAUGAAGUGAGAAAAUACAAAGUACCUCUCAGUUAACCGACGCUUGUUCAUUAAAGUCAAUUUUAAACACAAGGGAAGGGAAAACAUGAGAAAAGAAUGCCACAAAACAACCAGUGUCUGCAAGAAGCCUUCUUCAGAGGAAAAAUGAAGAGUCACACAAAUAUAGAAAAUUGAAACUUAGCUUAAACGUUUUAUCAAAGAGGAAAGCAGGAGGAAUUUAGUAGACCAUUAGUAGGUAAGAGAGUUAAUAUAGGCAAAGAGGGUUGGUAGAGAGGAAAAAAGGAGAGGGUGAACAAAAGAUUUAACAACUGAGGGAAAUUAAAGUGCUAGUUCGGAAAAUAUGAUUUUUAAGGACAGCGUAAAACCGAAUAUACUAAAAUUUAGGUAGGAAUUACGAAUGAAUCUGGUAAAUGUAUCCUAUGAUCAUUUGUCUUGAUCAAUUUUUUGUGUGCUAAUAAAGCUGCACAAAGUUAAUACAAAUUUACUAUUAAAUUUAAACAAACAAUUAUUGAAAGCCGAUUACAAUAAUGUGGAAUAAAUUGAACAAUUUGGUAAAAUAUUUAUUUUCAAUGUCAAUACUAAAUAUUUUUUUCAUUAAUCUUUAAGAACUUGUUACUUCCAGCAUUUAGCAAUAGUACAAAUAAAAGCAAGAUGGCGGCAAGACUUAGUGAAAUGCAGGCUUUGUACGACCGCUGUAUUUUGAUAGUUGAAGCAGACAGGGUCAAAGCUGGUCAGGAGAAAUCCAAGAAAACAUGGUAGCAACAGUUUUAUGUUCAUUAGGUUACAAUACAUUAUUGAUUUGUUAACACAAAGCUUUAGACGCAACCAUAACUGUUUUCAUUGUAGCUCACAAUGUAACACUUGCAUAUUUGAAUAAAUAAUUAUUUUGUAUAAAUUGAUACAGGCACCACAACAAGUACGUGGACACCACGAUGUCCCAAAUCAUUCAGAUAAGAGUCAAGAUCUAUUUCUCAGAUAGUAUGGGUAUGUUGAAAGGAUGAAUGUCAAUAGCAGAACUUCCUUCCACUCAGCAUGAUAUUGAUGUCUCUAGUCUACUAUUAUUUUACCAUCUCAACUGUUGCCAUCCCGUUUGUUAUAAAACAAUACAUUUGGUAGCAGAAACUUAAAAAGAUGUAUUUUCUCAGUUUUGUAAUUGAACAAGAUAAUAAAUCCAUAUUUUUAUGUUAAUAUUUAUGUUACAUUUAUUUAUCAUUAGUCUUUCAUGUUAAUAUUCUGUGCUUGAUUUUUAGACCAGACUGCAGCUUUACUAUCUGAACUUUGCCAUAUUGAAGCAAAGAAAGGGAGAGCACUAACUGUACCAACUUCAUUAAAUUCUAGACAGGAGGAGGUUAGCCAUAUUUAGUUUUACAAAGCUGGUUUACCUGGACAAAAAGUUUUGAUCGAAUGUGAGUCUGCUGAAUAUACCUUUAAAUGCUAUUAAAAACAAUGAGUUUUUAAAAAAGUAAAUCAAACUUCAAAUAUCCUUUCAGAUUUUGAAAUUUAUUUUGACCAUUCCUCGGGUCACUGUCCCACAAGCGCUAAAUCUAGUCCACCAUUACCACAGCAUUGCUGAGUUGAUAUCCAGGUAAAGUAGGAUCUUUUCUUUAUCGUAUUGUUUCUUUGGAGAUUAAAUUAUUUCAUUACUCCUUUGAACUGAAUUAUUUCAUUACUCCUUUCAACUCAACUGAAUUAUUUCAUUAUUGAAUUAUUUCAUUAUUCCUUUCAACUGAAUUAUUUCAUUGUUGAAUUAUUUAAUUAUUCCUUUCAACUGAAGCAUAGCCAAAAUGCAUCACUUUGUCUCAUAUUCCCAGGAACGUUAAAAUGAAAUAGCUUGAAGAUUAAUCAACCAAAUCUGAUGCAUUUUAUUCAACAGCUCGCCAGGAGCUAUCCAAGAAAGGGGAAGGAUGACUGCAGAGUCUGCUCAAAGUGUCCACCAGUUUUUACAUCAUGAGUUUGAUCUCCAGAUGAUGCCCGACUCAAAAUAAUUUGCUCUCUUCUUCUGUCUGCUUUUAAUGGGGAGGUGCCGCUGGGAGGUAAAGAUGCCGCGAGGUGUUCUGAGACCUGGAGGUAAAGAUGCCACGAGGUGUUCUGAGACCUGGAGGUAAAGAUGCCACGAGGUGUUCUGAGACCUGGAGGUAAAG